CUCAGACAUUCCCGGCGUUUGUUAUUGUUUGUGUUGUGUCUGUGGCUGUGCCGAAGGCGAAAGUACCUUUUUACCCGAAUGAAAACAAGCCAAGUACGAUCUUUCACAGCUUCGCAUAUCAAUUACACAACUCAACAGUCGUUAUAGACGGGUAAUUACAUAGUACAUCGAGUGGAAACUGCCAAUUUUCCAGUGCUUUGGCGUGUAUUCCGCGAUAGACCAUUUCCUAACCUAACUUUGUAACUGCUGUUAGAACGGAUGUUAUUCGUAGAAAAACGGUGGUAUUGCUAAGAAUUCAAGUGAUACGAAUCGUUGUGGAUCUUCCUCGGGUUCGCUAGGAUCGUCUGAAAUGGAAACGUCGAGUUAUAGUGAAACUUCGUGCGAAAAUGUGAACGCUGUUGAUUUGGCCUCUUCGCUGGCAUUCAGGCCUAGAGGAUCAUUAGCUAGGGCUUUGUAUCGCAAAGAGAAACACGACGAGUAUCUCAGCCAGUUCGAUAAAGCAGAGUGGUACAAAUGCGAUUUGACUGAAAUGCCGGACACACUUGCAUCCAAGUUCGUACAACUAGAGGUCGAUCAAGACACCCUUGAUUUCCUGGACCAGUCUGAGAGGAAGUCUGAUUGGAUACCGACACAGAUAUGGCACACCCUUGCGAAGGCCUUCCUAGGAUGGUUUAUGACACAAACGUCCAUCAACGGGUGGCUCCAACGUGGUUCCAUGUUCGUCGUUUCCCAAUCGCAGCUCAGAAACUUGCUGCGGGUGGACGACGAUUGGAGGUCGGACGAGUUGCUGGAUUUGGGAGCGGGGGACGGGGAGGUGACAGCCCAUUUGGCGCCCCUUUUCCGGAAAGUCUACGCCACUGAGGUGUCCGGGACGAUGAGAGGCUUACUACAGAAGCGGGGAUACGAGUUAUUGGAUGUGGACAAUUGGAAUUUGAACAGAAAAUAUGACGUCAUAUCCUGUUUGAACCUGAUCGAUCGGUGCGAUACGCCUAUGGAAUUACUGGACCAAAUCAGCAAGGCUUUGAAACCAGACGGAAGAGUUCUUCUGGCAGUUGUUCUACCUUUUUCGGCCUAUGUGGAAUCAGGAGCUCCAGAUUUCAAGCCCAAACAACUCCUUCCCAUCAACGGCUCUACGUUCGAGCAACAAGUGAAGAGCGUGGUCGAUGACGUGUUGACCCCGGCCAACUUCGAAGUUAUCUCCUGGAGCAGGGUGCCAUAUCUUUGCGAAGGCGACCUGCAGCAAUCGUACUAUUGGUUGGAUGACGUCAUCUUCGUUCUGAAAUUGAAGAGCGUUACUUGAUUCUUGUAUUUCGGGAUUGUUGUGCUCGAACAUGGAUUAUGAGUGAUGUAGGUCAUAGAAUUAGUAUAGAUAUAUGCAAAAAUUGUUAUUUUUCUACAAAAGAAAUGACACGGUCAGCGCAUUGAUAACAAAUAUGCUAAGUGACACUUUUUUUCAGAUUCCUACGUUAUACUAUGACACUUAAAACGCGACCUAUGGAAUUUCUGUAUUUUAACCUUCAUGGUCCCCAAUCAAGCUAAAAUUCAAGAAAUCAUUCAUUUCUAAACGUUUGAAGGGGAAUUUAUGCAGC